AUGGCCGACCAAAAGUCCCUCUGCGAAGAUGCCGGCUGCGAGCCUGAGAAAUCUUGCUGGCAGGAAGCAUCUGAGAAGCUACGUGCCGAAACCCCCGAUAUCCAUCAACAGCUAGAAAGGGUAUUGGCGACGCAGAAACAACCACUCUCUCGGUCAGACAUGUCGAGCCAGAUAGCCAAAUCCAUCCAAGCCAAUCAAAGCCGACUAGAAGAGCGAGGUCUACCGGGUCGCUGGAGACAUCGAGACGAAGGCGAAAAGGCGAAGGUGCGGAAGGCCAUGGACGGGAUUCUCAAGGCCGUGGUUGUUUUUCGGGAUAUGGGGAAGGCUUUGGCGGAAAUUGAGCCUUCGCAUGUUGGGGUUGCUUGGUCGGGUGUGAAUCUGAUUUUACAGAUCUUUUUGGGAGGAUCGGAGCAAAACGCUGCUGCAAUUGAGGGACUCGCUCAGAUAUCCCCUAUUAUCACACGCUAUGCGAGAGUUGAGGAGAUCUAUAUUGAACAGAGACAGAUGCAUCAAGCAAUGACGACUUUAAGCAAAGAUUUCAGGACCCAAGUUGUUAAUCUUUAUGCUAAAAUCCUGGAGUAUCAGGUUGCGAUUAUCGCCCAUUGUCAAAGACAUACUAUAACGCAAUACAUCAGAGCUAUUCCGAAACUUGAUGAUUGGAGUGGACUGUUGGAAGAUAUAUCAAAGGUGGAUGCGGAGUGUAGAAAGUUCACUCAGAUUUUUGACUCUGAAGAUAAAACUGUUCAACAUCGUGAACUCAAGCAGAUCCUAGAGGAGCAGGAUCAGCUGAUGGAAACUGUAUCGACUCAAUUGAGCCAGGUAUACGAACAAAACCAAGUUCUCAUAAGUCAGGCUCAACAACAUGAGAAUAUAGCCAUUCUCAACUGGAUCUCACCCUCAUCCCCGAACGAUGACCACACACGUAUUCUAGAACACGGAAGACUGAACAGCGAGUAUGCAAAUUCGGGUAGAUGGCUGUUCUCUUGCCCGGAGUUUCAGUCUUGGAGUAGUAUUGAGAAUGAAAAUGUCUCAACGCUCUGGCUGCGCGGUCCUGUCGGUACAGGCAAGAGUUCUCUUGUCUGCCUCACCAUCGAAAAUUUACUCAAAGGCCCAAUCCUGGAAACUAGCCGUAUAUUGUACUUCUACUGCUCGAAAAAGCAAGGAACAGGAGACGCGAACAGCCCAAAGGCCGUACUGCAAAGUCUUCUCAGACAAUUAGCCUGGUCAGCAAGCAAUUCUUCGAUUACACCGUCUGUCAAAGCGAAAUAUGUAGAAGCACAGCAAAACCCGGCCGUUGGAACGAAGGGGCUAUCGGCCAUUGAAUGUCUGCAGUCGAUAUAUCAGUUAAUAGCCGGCUACCAGCAGGUCACAAUCAUCAUCGACGCUUUGGAUGAAUGUUCAGACUUUUUUGAGCUCUUGUCAUAUCUGGUGGAAAUAUCAACUGCAUGCUCGGGGAGGGUCAAAUUUCUUCUUUCAAGCCGGAUGAAUGUUCCUGUCCAUCAGUUCUUUCCAGAGAGCGCUACAAUCGAGGUUGGACAGGACGGCAAGGAGGAUAUUGAAUUCUUUAUAGCUACGGAGAUGGAACGGAAUCUGCGGCGUCUUCAACAGUGCAAUGCGCUUGAUCUUAAGGAUAAGAUGACGAGAGUACUGAGCGAUCGAGCUCAAGGAAUGUUCCGAUGGGUAGAGCUGCAAUUGAAUAUCUUUUUCAAUACAAAGUCUCCUACCAGGCGCCGGGAUGCUUUCAAAAGAAAAUUGGACAAACUUGAUAAGGAAGUUGGAAUUCCAGUCUUGGCUGAUGUCUAUGAUGACAUCUACGACAUCAACACCCCAGAGCCUGAAGAUCGACAGGUUGCAGAGCGAGCAUUGAAAUGGGUGAUGUGCUGUGAGAGACCACUGGAAAUCAACAUGAUGGUUAAGGCGGUUUCUUACUACGACUGCGAGGGCAAUGUUGAUGAACAGGUUACUGCUGAUUACAUCCUUGACAUAUGCAGUAACUUCAUCAUCGUCGACCACAACCACAUGGUUCAAUUCGCGCACUUGUCGGUUAGAGAGUACCUGAUGAACGACACGAAGCUGCAUUACACCAAGAUCAACGCGAAUAUACAGGUAGCGAAGACCACUCUCGUCUAUCUGAAUGCUCGCAGUACCACUACAAGUAGUACUCCCAACGACGCGGGAAACGGCAAACGGGACGAUUUGCUCGAUUAUGCGCUUUUGUACUGGCCCUGGCAUUGCAACUGGAUGCUAGGGCAAGAAAAAAGGGAUCCCCUGCUCCACAAGCUUCUCAACGGGCUCCUGGUAGCUGAUCCGCCCAGCCAAAGCUUUCUGAUGUGCCUGGACACCUGGCCAAAGUUACUGCUCGAAACUGAAAUUUGGGAGGAGCGACGUAGAUUCGAAUUGAUCAUACAGGCCAGCCUCAGUUCUUCAAAGUCUCCGAUUUUUACAGCAUGCGGUUGGGGCUUUAUAGAAGCAGUGCAAGGUGUCAUAUCUAGCGGAUUUGACCUGAGCGAGCGAAAUAGCCGGGGUGACACAGCACUUUCGGUGGCGACAGAAGCAAAUCGGCUCGAUAUCAUGAAACUGCUCCUAGAAAAUGGCGCCGAUCCUAAUAUGACGGGAGAAAUGGACGGAUAUACCUCGCUGCAUCAUGCAUACUCUAAUAUCAAACUGGUCAAGCUUCUGGUCGAGCACGGAGCGGACGUCACGAGGGCUGUCCAGGGCCCUAUCAACAGUAAAUGGGCGCUUUUGCACUUUGCGGCAUGUCAUGAAGUGAAAGAAGUCAUCGAGUUUGCUUUGGACCACGGAGCAAAUGUCAAUGAGAAAUGUGGCACGGGCAUGACAGCUUUGCACAUUCUUUCGUCCCAUGUUACAGAUAAGGGCAUUGAAAUCGUCAAAUUGCUUCUGGAUCGUGGUGCUGACCCUGAGAUCCGGAAUGAAGAUGGCCACACAGUUUUAGACAGGGCGGCCAUACAUGGAAUCGAUGAGAUCAUUCGUCUCAUAGUCGAGCACCAGGGUAAAGAGGCCGAGGCUGACAGGUGGUUUCGACAAGCGGCAUUUCACAAUGCUGUCCGCCAAGGAGAUGAAGCUGCCGUCCAACGAUUGAUUAAAGAAGGCGUUGAUACUCGGGUGAAAGGAAAUCGUGGGGAGUAUCCAAUUCAUUGGGCUAUAAGGCAUGAUAGCUUACGUGUCGCAUCUGUACUCCUGUGCGAAGGAGCAGAUAUUGAAACUGCAGACAAAUUUGGGGAAACACCUCUUGCUAUGGCCUGCAGCGAUUCCAAUGGGGAGAUGGUUAAUUUUUUGCUUGAGCAGGGGGCAGAGAUAGAUGUCAUACUGGGCAGAGAUGAUGACGACAGGGGUACUUUGCUCUCCCGAAUGGUUACUCGCGGUGACCUACCGAUGGUAAACCUCUUGCUGAAGCGAGGGGCCGAUCCACACAAAGUCGAUAUUGGGUCUUUGAGGCAAUGGCGGGGAUAUGUCAAAUUGAACGACUUUGAGGCCUGCGUGAAGAUGAUUCGUUCCCACUUGGUUUAA